UGUUUAUUACAAAAAAAAACUUUUCGUUUGAGAAUCAGCUGUUCAAAUAUUUCUUGUUUGUUCAUCAUUUACCGUUGCACAAAUUGUUUCAAUAAGCCGAAUUCGACUCACACGGCGAUAAUCAAUAAAUUAUCAUUUUUCACUGACAUUUAAACGAUGCAUCAACCGAAUGGUGAUAUGCCUUCAACAUCCAACCAGCACAAUAAUGCGGACUUCACUGACGACAUUGAUCUGCCCAAUUUGGUGGACUCGGAUGAACCAGAACUCCGACAAUUGGACGACAUCGACGAAAAAAAGAGUGUCGUCGCCAAGGCUGAUAUAUUGAGCGUCAUACUAAGUAAAUACGGUGACGAUGGCAUUAAAUUGGAGGAGAGUUUUCGUUUGUACAAAAUCGAAUACAAAGAUCUUGCUUCAUUGUCGGAUAAUGAUCUGAGACAGUUCGGUGUUGCUGACGCACAGAAACGACGGCUCAUCCUGAACGAUUUUUCCGAAAUGCUUCAUCAAAAUGACCACUAUGACAAAGAGCUUGACCAGUUGAAUUUAGAGGAGUACGGAUUCGAUGGAUUGAAUAACAUAAGAAAGCAUUUGUAUUUCCUAAAAUUGGCAAUCACCGGUUCAUUGCUCAAAUUGGAAAUGCAUCCAGCCGAAGAUAUUUACGUGUCAAACGAAUUGAACGCAUCCGAAUUGGUGUUGAGAACCCUGGAGGAGAUGAAGAAAACGUCCAAUGUGAUGGAAAAUCAAUUACUGAGAUUAUCAGCUGGCAAGAAAUAUAUCAAAAAUGAGAUGAAAAUGUCCAAGAGAUUUAAUUGUUGGAAAUUGUUUUUGAUGCUUGGUGCCACUGCAAUCAGUAGUGUCAUUUUGAUCAAAUACUACCGUACCAAAGUGUUUAAAUUUUAGAUUUAAAUCAUAAGAUAACAUUUUAUCACCCACGAUGCCAUUAAAUUCGAAUAAGAAACAGGAAAGAAAAGAAAUUAUAUUUUUGUAGAUGAUGUUGGUGUUAAUCAAAAUGAAUUUAACAUAAAAAAAGUUAAAGGAUCUCAAAACUGUUAAUUUUAAGGAAGAAAUUAUAGAACGUUGAAGAAAGUUAUUGAGAAUUGAGAAUAUUUUUGUGAAGAUUAUUAUUAUAAAAUCCGGACAUUUCGGAAGUGAUGAAAACUUGUCGUUAAAUAAACUCAAAGAUAAGUUACCGAU